AUGUCGAAUCUGCAGAUCAGGAUCUUCUUUGUCUUCUUUAUUUGCCUUUGUAUCUUUUCCCAAAGCAGCAGCGGCCAAUUAACCCCAGAUGCUCAAGAAUAUGUAGACGCCCACAAUCAGAUUCGUUCCGAGAGAGGGAUUCCUCCUUUAAGUUGGGAUCCUACAUUGGCAACUUUUGCACAAUACUGGGCUAGCCAACGAGCCGAUGAUUGUAAUCCCUUUGUUCAUUCACUCUCAAAUUAUGGCGAAAACAUUAUGUGGGAAUUGUACAAUGAAGAUUCUCCCACCCAUAUUACACAGGUAUGGGCGGCAGAGGAGAAAAACUUUGAUCUUGAGUUGCACAAGUGUAUGUGCCAGCCUGAGACCAGCGAUUGCAUGUGUGGGCAUUACACGCAGGUCGUCUGGAGAAGCACCACUCGGAUAGGCUGCGGAAACUACACAUGCAACAACCAAAAAGGAUUCAUAGUCGUAUGCUCAUACGACCCACCAGGAAAUUACGUCGGCGAGAAUCCAUUUUGGCCAUUGGACUGCGGAACUCCUUCUCAUCCACCGCCACCACCAACCGAACUUCCUCCACCACCACCAACCGAACUUCCUCCACCACCACCAACCGUACUUCCUCCUCCACCAAUGACGACAGAACCGCCUACACAAAUGACGACACAACCGCUUCCAUUGAUUCCGGGGCAACAAGUAUCUAUUCCAUCGUUGCCAAAUAUCAUUGACCAACAGCUGCAACAAACUCAAGAAACUCAAAAACCAAUUUUUACAAUGCAGAGUACCCAACAGCCGAAUCAAGCUCGCACUGGCAGAAAAAGGCGUGUGCACAGGAGGAAUUAUAGGAGACCCCGUACGCCUAAACCCUAA